AGUAGAGUUUACGUGUUAGAAACUUAGAAUUGUGAAGUAUUCUGCUACGUAUAUAGGACUAUCUUGCACAUAUCCUAGAGAACGAUACUUCAACACACAGAGAGAGAGAGAGAGAGAGAGAGAGAGAGAGAUGGCAAUGGCGAUGGCGCUUCGUAGGAUUGCCUCUUCCCUUGACAAGCCCGUUCGACCUCUCUUCAAUGGCGGCUCCCUCUAUUACAUGUCAUCAUUGCCUAACGAGGCUGUGUACGAGAAGGACAAAACCCGUGUCACAUGGCCGAAGCAAUUGAAUGCUCCCCUCGAGGUUGUGGAUCCGGAGAUUGCGGACAUUAUAGAGCUUGAGAAAACUAGACAAUGGAAGGGGCUAGAACUUAUUCCCUCAGAGAACUUCACUUCUGUCUCUGUAAUGCAAGCAGUUGGAUCUGUCAUGACUAAUAAAUACAGUGAAGGAUAUCCUGGUGCUAGAUACUAUGGUGGAAACGAGUACAUUGACAUGGCAGAAUCCCUAUGCCAGAAGCGCGCUUUGGAAGCAUUUCGAUUGGAUCCAGCAAAAUGGGGAGUGAACGUGCAGCCUCUAUCUGGGUCUCCAGCUAAUUUCCAUGUUUACACGGCAUUGUUAAAACCCCAUGAGAGAAUCAUGGCACUCGAUCUUCCUCACGGAGGGCAUCUUUCUCAUGGCUAUCAGACUGACACCAAAAAGAUAUCCGCAGUGUCUAUAUUUUUUGAGACAAUGCCAUAUAGAUUGAAUGAGAGCACUGGCUAUAUUGACUAUGACCAGAUGGAGAAAAGUGCCACACUCUUCCGGCCAAAGUUGAUAGUGGCUGGUGCUAGUGCUUAUGCACGUCUGUAUGAUUAUGCACGUAUUCGCAAGGUGUGUGACAAACAGAAAGCAAUCCUGUUGGCAGAUAUGGCACAUAUUAGUGGGCUGGUGGCAGCUGGUGUCAUCCCAUCACCUUUCGAGUAUGCAGAUGUGGUGACCACCACAACUCACAAAUCACUUCGUGGGCCACGAGGAGCCAUGAUUUUCUUCAGAAAGGGGGUAAAAGAGAUCAACAAACAAGGGAAAGAGAUAUUGUAUGAUUAUGAAGACAAAAUAAAUCAAGCAGUAUUUCCUGGACUUCAAGGUGGCCCGCACAACCACACAAUUACCGGUUUAGCAGUUGCACUGAAACAGGCUACAACCUCUGAAUACAAAGCCUAUCAAGAGCAAGUUCUCAGUAAUUGCUCAAAAUUUGCACAGACUCUCGUUGAGAAUGGCUAUGAACUUGUUUCCGGUGGUACCGAUAACCACCUGGUAUUGGUGAAUUUGAAGAACAAGGGAAUCGAUGGCUCUAGAGUUGAGAAGGUGCUGGAAUCCGUUCACAUUGCAGCCAACAAAAACACUGUUCCUGGAGAUGUCUCUGCCAUGGUCCCUGGUGGCAUCAGGAUGGGUAAAGGCUUUUCCUUGAUCAGAAAGUCCUUAUUUGAUUUCUGUGGAGUAUUUAAGCCUCAUAAAUUUUUGUGCGCUUCAGGAACUCCGGCUCUUACUUCUAGGGGAUUUGUUGAGGAGGAUUUUGCUAAGGUAGCAGAAUUCUUUGAUGCUGCUGUGAAGUUGGCUGUGAAGAUCAAGGCAGAAACUCAAGGAACAAAGUUGAAGGACUUCUUGGCCACAAUGCAGUCUUCUCACUUUCAAUCUGGAAUUGCUAAGCUCCGACAUGAUGUUGAGGAGUAUGCAAAGCAGUUUCCUACAAUAGGGUUUGAGAAAGAAACAAUGAAGUACAAGAAAUGAGACAGAAUUUCUGUUCUGUAAGGAACUGUGAGCAAAAACCAAGUUAGUUGUCCAAGUUGGGAAAAGAGAAGGGCCUUAUGUCAAGGAUGUGUAGUUACAACUUCUAUUGUAUAAUCAAUCAAACCUUGAUUUGGACCUUCACGAAUGUAUAUAUUCAUAUUAAGCGAGGAUUUGCAAUGUAAUAAACUUGCCUUGAUCUGAAGAAAUGCAACUACUUUAUCCCUAUGCUGUA